AUGCCGGCCGUCGUGGCACAGCCGAGGCGACUGCCACAGGAAGAAGUGAUUCCAAGGAAUCUGUACGUGCUGAAAUCUGAUCUUGAAAAGCAUGGGUUCACACCGUUAUGCCCAGGGUGCGAUGCUCAGAUGUGUGACCUACCACAUAGGUCGCACAAUCAUGAGUGCAGAUUGCGGAUUCAGUCCGAGCUUCAGAAGACUGAAGAAGGAAGGGCACGCAUUGAAGCUGUCCGAGAUCGGUUGAAUGCUGGGCGAAGACCAAAGCCCGGAGGAGGGGCACCCGAGGCUGUGGUAGCUGCUAACGCACCGGUGUUGGUAGGCGCACCAGAGCCUGAUGCCGAAAUGGCUGCGGGAGAAGCAGCCGGAGAACCGCUAGAACGAAAUGUGGCCAAAGAUCUGAGAGAGCGGGAAGAAGCUCGAGGAGGAUCAAGUGAAAAGAAAAGGAGGCAGGAACGAAAGGGAAACAAGAGAGUCCCUGACGAAGACCUCGAAGAGCUGCAUCAGAGGAUGCAGGCUGAGAGUGCGAAAGGAAAGCCUGAAGAUGACUCUGGAGCAGUCGUCGAAAUGGGACCGCUUCCUUCUGCAGGAAGCCGUGACCCUCAGCCCGAACGACAGCCCGUGGAUCCAUCAGCUGGUUCAGCUGGAGGCAACGGGGACGGAGAAAUCGAGCUGGGUCAACUUACUGAGUGCUUGUGCGCUGUCCUGAGGGACGCACGAGCGAAGGGCACGAUCUCUGAGAUUUUCUCCCCGCCGCGAGUAGCGGCGCAAGCACAUGUCGUUGGAAUGAGGCCUGGAUUUUCCAUUGACCUGGAAACCCAACGACCAGAUGGAGACUACUGGGAUCUAAGCAAAGACUCGCACGUGCGCGAGCUGUUCGUGCUACUGGACGAGCAAGAGCCAAAGUUCUUGGGAGGAUCGCCCCCAUGUGGGCCGUUCUCUGUCCUGCAAAACUUGGUUGACGCAAAUGCAAAAGUGCCUGUCGAAGUGAGACGCAAACGACUGGCAGAAGGAAAGAAACAUUUGCGAACAGCCGUUCAGGCAUACUGGAAGCAAAUGGAAGCCGGAAGGUAUUUCCUACACGAGCACCCAAAAGGUGCACGGAGCUGGGAAGAACCGGAAGUGAAAGAGUUGCGAGCCGACCCUCGCGUGUACGAGGUCACCGGGCCAAUGUGCCGUUGGGGCAUGGAGUCGGAAGAUGCCCAGGGCAAAGGCUUGGUGAAGAAAGAGACGCGAUGGCUGACAAACUCGCGAUGCGUUGCCGAUGUGCUUCAAGGAGCGUGUUCGAACACCGAAGGCAAGGUGUGGCACCGCCACGUACGCCUUAUCAAUGGUCGAGCGCGCGCAGCACAAAAGUAUCCACCCAAGUUGGUAAAAGGAAUCCUGAUGGCGUUCCGCCAACAGCUGGUGGAGGAUGGUGAGUUCUCAGAAGCGUUAAAUGCGAUGGAGGCUGGACCUGUUCCAGACUCUCCACCCGUGAUCGACGAAGAAGAGGAGAUCUACAACCAGUUUCCCGACGUGGGCCACCAAAUCCAAGGACCCGUAAUAGACUCCAACACUGGAGCAGAACUGGACCUGGAUAAAGUGGCUGCUGCACGCCGAGAGGAACUCGAAUGGGUGUGGAAACAAAACCUCUACGAGAAAGUUCCCGAAGAGCAAGCAAGGGCAGCUGGAAAGGUUCCAAUCACCAUGAAGUGGGUAGACCGCAACAAAGGAGACAACGAGCGGCCCAACUAUCGCUCGAGAAUUGUUUGCAGGGAAGUCAAGCGUGCAAAGAACGCCGAGUUCAUCCCGGAACAUGCGAGCUUUAGUGCAAUGCCCCCGUUGGAAGCAAUCAAGCUGUUGCUGUCUCUUAUGGUGACGCUGAAAACGUCAAAGAAGGGACGAAAACCUUUGAAGCUACGCUUGCUGGAUAUAUCCAGGGCCCACUUCUAUGGGAAGGCCCAAAGGGAUAUAUACGUCACGUUGCCUGAAGGAGAUCAGGAGCCAGGCAUGGUGGGCAAGUUGCUACGAUCCAUGUAUGGCACCAGGGACGCUGCGGCAAUAUGGCAAGCCGACUACACCGCCGCGUUACUGGAAGCCGGAUUCGUUAGAUGUCCCGCCUGGCCAGCUAUCUUUUACAAUAGCGCAACAGAGACAAGACUUUUGGUUCACGGCGACGACUUUCUGAUUCUCGCCGAUGACGAUGGUCAAGCACAUGUGGAAAAGGUCUUAAGGAAGAAGUACGACCUAAGGGUUGAUGGCAGCAUUGGACCAGGAGAAAAGAAACAGGAGUUCUGCGUCCUGAACCGUCUCGUGCGCUUCGACGAGAGGUCAGGAGUAAUCUCCUAUGAGCCUGAUCCAAGGCACGCCGAAAUCAUCCUGAAAGAUCUACACAUGGAAACAUGCAAGCCAGUAAAGAGCCCAAACGAGAAGAUGAAAGCUGAAGAUUUGGAGAAGAGACUUCAGCUCCCGACCGUGGAGCCAGAAAUACCGCUCGCUGGUUAUGCGAGCAGCGUUCCUGGCUCAAGACAGGCCAGACCUGUCGGAAUCGGUCAAAUGUCUUGCGAGGAGAAUGCAAGGCCCGACUGA